AUGCCUAAAAAGGGGAAUUUUGGACACAGUGCCAAACCAAAUCAAACUAUGAGGAUAAUUAUUAUUGUAUUUGUUGGAAUAAUCAUCGGUUUCUUUAUCGGAGUGUCAUUUCCUUCACUUUCAUUGACAAAGCUGAAUAUCACGUCCUGUCUUAUUCGUGAUUUUUCAAUCAUUGGGAACAACACUUCGGGUGGGUCAACCCAAAAGAGUAUAGAAACCAACUCUACCGGAAGUCAAAAUGUGAAGGAUAUAUCAAAGAUUUGGGUUCCAUCAAAUCCAAAAGGUGCAGAGAGGUUGCCUCCAGGAAUUGUUGCGUCUGAAUCGGACUUUUAUCCCCGUAGAUUGUGGGGUUUACCCAAUGAGGACUUGGCCAGCAAACCAAAAUAUUUGGUGACAUUUACUGUUGGAUAUAAUCAACGGAAUAACAUUGAUGCAGCAGUGAAAAAGUUUUCAGACAACUUUACUAUCCUUUUAUUUCAUUAUGAUGGACAAACAACCGAAUGGGAUGAGUUUGAAUGGUCCAAACGAGCAAUUCAUGUGAGCACAAGGAAACAGACGAAGUGGUGGUAUGCUAAAAGGUUUCUUCAUCCAGACAUUGUGGCCCCAUAUGACUACAUCUUUAUUUGGGAUGAAGACCUUGGUGUUGAGCAUUUCGAUGCUGAAGAGUACAUUAAACUUGUGAAAAAGCAUGGCUUAGAAAUAUCUCAGCCGGGUUUGCAACCUAACAGGGGGACGACUUGGCAGAUGACUAAAAGAAGAGAUGGUAGUGAAGUUCACAAGGAAACGACAGAGAGACCAGGCUGGUGUUCCGACCCCCAUUUGCCUCCCUGUGCAGCAUUUGUGGAAAUCAUGGCUCCUGUCUUUUCUCGAGAUGCAUGGCGCUGUGUGUGGUAUAUGAUUCAGAAUGAUUUGGUACAUGGUUGGGGUCUCGACUUGGCCCUCCAAAGGUGUGUUCAGCCCGCUCAUGAAAAAAUUGGAGUUGUAGAUUCUCAAUGGGGGCAAUCAGAUGAUGGGAAAGCUCCAUGGAGAGGGGUACGAAUAAGGUGUCAACGAGAGUGGAAUAUGUUCAAGUCUAGGAUGGCUAACGCAGAAAAAGAUUAUUACAAGUCAAUGGGAAUUGAUCCUUCCAAUUUCACAGCUCAUUGA